UAUGAUGGCGCUGGUGUCCGCAAGUGUGGCUGGAGCACCACGUGACUGCGCGCUUCGGCCUGUCCAGCGCCACUUGCUUACGACAUCUCUGUGGCGGACGAUAUAUUGAACAUGCAAGUGAGCAGUCGAGGAAGAAUUGUUUCGCGCAUGCACGACUCCUCCACAGAUCUUCUCGCACACGUCGAGUGCAUCGCGUCGAAUCUAUCGCGAAACCGCCAUUUUCACCUCUGAACCAUCAUGGCGGACGUCGCAGCGCCCGUCUUCAAAAAGCGCGCGAACAAAUCUGCAAAUAUCCGCAAACGACCGCCGACACCUCCGCCGGCCGAGAGGAGCGAUUCCGAUGCGUCCGACUAUACCGACGGCGAGGAGGAGGGCGUCCGAGUCAAGAGGCGCAAAACCCAAGGCGUAUCCUUGUCGACCGCGGGACCCCAAUCAUCUCGGGAUCUGAGCAAAUCGACGGUCUACGCCGCCGACCGAUCCACCCACAUCGCCAUCAACGAGGACGCCACGAAGGAAUCGAACUGGUACACGGACAGCGCCCUGGUCGCGCUCGAAGGCGGCAAUGACAAAAAGUCCAACCUCGCGAAAGCCGCCGCAGUCACGCCCGCCGAAGAAUCCAACGGCGCCUAUCGAGGCUCAUCCAACUACUCCAGCUUUAUCGACAAGAACCCCGACGGACCCGGCCGCCACGUCGGACCCGUCAAGGCGCCCACCAACGUGCGCGCCAUCACCGUGAUCGACUUCGCGCCCGACGUGUGCAAGGACUACAAGACGACGGGCUACUGCGGGUUCGGCGACAGCUGCAAGUUCCUGCACGCGCGGGAGGACUACAAACAGGGCUGGCAGCUGGACAAGGAAUGGGAGAACGUGGGCGCCAAGGGCAAAGGCAAGGGCAAGGCGGACGCCAACGCCGCCGCCGCCGCCGACGUGGAUCCCGAGGAGAAGAUGUUGCAGGAGAUCCCCUUCGCCUGCAUCAUCUGCAAGGGGACGUAUAAGAACCCCGUCGCGACGAAAUGUGGACACUACUUCUGUCAGAAAUGCGCCAUGGGCAGGUAUCAGAGGGAGAAGAAGAGGACGUGUGCGGCGUGCGGCGCGGACACGGCCGGCUCGUUCGCGGUGGCGAGGAAGCUGAAGGAUCUGUUGGAGAAGAAGAGGAGGAGGGUCCGGGAGAGGAAGGAACAGGCGAGAGAGGCCGGUGAGGAUGUCAGUAGUAGUAGCGAUGACGACGACGACGAAGGAUGAUCGGUCAUGUGUAAAAAUCAAAAAAUCGAGCAAUUCCUCUCAUCUGAAUUUCCCUGUUGUCUGUGAAGUUCAUACUGG